CAAUCGACGACGAGAUCAGGAAAAUGCCGAUAUUUACACGCUACCCGUUAUCUCUAUCCCACGUCUGCGUAGAGACCGUACUUGUAUUGAUAUUAGGAUCCAGUACCCCAUGCCUACCCAGUACAUAUAUCCUUCAUGAGAGGGAAUGUUGGGACUCCCGUAGUUUAGGGUCGUCUUCCUCUCUUCUUGCACGAGACCAUCACCAGCACCGCCGCCGGGUACCUGCAGGUUGCAACCUUGCUUGGGUAAACAUUACGUCGUCGUGCGACUCAACUCCAACUCUUCAUAUGUCGACGACGAGUGGGCACAUUUUGUAUUAAUACUUGUAAUUUACCUUUAUUGAGUCUCUCGUCGACUGCCUAUACAUUCCUUUCUCUAUAGCUCAAGAUGAGUUCCAUCACCCACGAUGGCCCGAAGGCCAAUCCCAAUGCUGCCUUGGAGAAUAUGGGCUACAAGAGCGAACUACCUCGAAAUCUGAGUAUGAUGAGUAUUUUGGGCUUGUAAGUUGCAAAGAAUGACCCAUAGGCCACAUGAUAUACAUUCACUAACUCAUCAAGGUCUUUUGCCAUCAUGGCCGUGCCUUUUGGUGUUUCCACCACCAUGGCAAUCGGUCUGACGGAUGGCCAAGCAGUGACUAUUCUUUGGGGCUGGGUUUUCGUCUCAAUCAUCUCUCUCUGUAUCGCUGCCUCGCUUGCUGAAAUCUGUGCGGUCUUCCCUACCGCUGGAGGCGUCUAUUACUGGUCCGCAAUGCUGGCAACGAAAGAAUGGGCACCCAUUGUGUCCUGGGUGGAUGGAUGGCUUGGGUUGGUUGGCAAUUGGACUGUCACGUUGAGUAUCAACUUUUCCGGCGCUCAAUUGAUCUUGUCCGCCAUCACGCUUUGGAACGAGGAUUUCGUGGCUACGCAGUGGCAAACGGUUCUCACUUUCUGGCUCGUCAUGGCAAUCGUUUUUACAGUCAACGUAUUUGGGUCUAAAUAUUUGGACUUGAUUAACAAGGUUUGUAUUUACUGGACCGGCGCGGCUGUUCUCAUCAUUAUCAUCACGAUUCUGACAAUGGCGGAUAAUAAACGUAAUGCCGAGUUUGUCUUUACACACUACGAUGCGAGUGCCAGUGGAUGGCCAGCUGGUUGGGCCUUUUUUGUCGGUCUCUUACAAGCUGCCUGUAAGUUUCUCAAGAUUUCUGAUAUCCCAAUAUAUCUAACCAAGCCUAGAUACUUUGACUGGAUACGGAAUGGUCGCUUCCAUGUGCGAAGAAGUCCAGAUGCCCGAGCGUGAAGUUCCCAAAGCCAUGGUUCUUUCAGUCGCUGCCGCGGGAGUAACAGGAAUCAUCUACCUGAUUCCAAUCCUCUUCGUUCUCCCCGACGUACCUAUUCUCCUGGCCCUCCUCAGCGGCCAACCUAUCGGUCUCAUCUUCAAAACAGCAACUGGUUCAGCCGGUGGCGGUUUCGCCCUUCUCUUCCUGAUCCUCGGAAUCUGGUUCUUCGCCGGUGUAGGUUCCCUAACCGCAGCCUCAAGAUGCACCUACGCCUUCGCACGCGACGGCGCCAUCCCCGGCUCUCGUUUCUGGUCCCAAGUCAGUCCUCGCUUCGACAUCCCCUUGUGGGCCUUAGUCCUUUCCACACUCGUCGAUUGCAUCCUGGGAGUCAUCUACUUCGGCUCCACCUCCGCCUUCAACGCCUUCACAGGCGUCGCAACCAUCUGCCUCUCCGUCUCCUACGGCAUACCCAUCCUCGUCUCCGUCCUCCGCGGCCGCAAAGCCGUCCGACACUCGACCUUCUCCCUCGGUAAAUUCGGCUACUUCAUCAAUAUCGCGACUAUCAUCUGGAUCGUCUUUGCCAUUAUUAUUUUCUGCAUGCCUACUGCUAUCCCUGUCACGCCUGUCACGAUGAAUUAUGCGUCGGUGGUGUUUAUGGCGUUUGCAAUCAUCAGUCUGGUGUGGUAUAUUGUGCGGGGCAGGAAUACUUUUACGGGUCCGCCUGUGCCGGUGGAUGUUGAGGCUGAGAAUGAGGGCGUGGUUGUGGGGGGUUUGGGGAGGAUUACGACGGCUACUUCUGAGAGUGGAGCGGUGAGUGGGUUGAAGGGGGAUGGGAAGUAG